CUUUCCUUAUAUAUAUAAACUUAUAUUUGUCAAUCCAGACAUAAUAUCAUCACCAUCAUCAUUAAUCCUAGUUCUUACAACUCACGAAGAUGGAGAAAAACUGCGACUUGGAACUUCGUCUUUUUCCAACUUCUUCUUGUAUUACCGAUUCAGAUAACUCUGUGGUAGAAUCAAGAAGCUCUGGAAAUUCAUUACCAAAAGAAGAAGAAACUCAGAGAUUAACAAUUUUCUACAAUGGAAAAAUGUGUGUUUAUUCAGAUGUUACUCCUCAUCAGGCUAAAUCGAUAAUAUCGAUGGCGAGCAGAGAAAUGGAAGAGAGGUCAUCUUCAAACGGGUCGGAUCCUCGAAACAGCUCGACCCGAUUAAAUCAAUAUCAACAACAGCUUCCAAUUCCAAAGGCUUCUAUGAAAAGAUCUCUCCAAAGUUUUCUUCAGAAACGGCAAAUUCGACUUCAAGCCACUUCACCUUACCAUCAGCAUUCACGACGAUAGUGUUUUUAAUUUUAUUUGACAUUUUUAGCAGUCCUAUUUUUAAUUUUAUUAUGUUUCUUAAGUGUUUGAUAUUGAUUAGGGAUGUCUCCCAGUGCACACUCUCACACACAUAUUAAUCCCAAAUUCGUUUUUUGAUUCUGAUUUUACAUUGGUAAAUCUUUUUGUUAACCUUGAUAAUAUAUAUGAACAUUACAUUAACUCA